CUUCCCCGCAUUCUCUCCCUCCCUCUGUCUUCCCCUCCAUUCCAGUCCUCCUUUCUUCUUCAAAAGAGAAGGCUCACCACAGACCUCCCCCCCUCCACUCUUGGCUCCAGUGGGGGCUCAGAAGGUGCUUCUGCAGCAUAUACCACCCCCCAGCCUCGCCACCAUGACCCCCCUGGGGGAUGAUGUCUGAGUCCCUGUGGACAGCGCUCUCCAAUUUCUCUAUGCCCGAUUUCCUUGAGAGCAGCAUGUUUCGCCGUACAAAAAGUUGCCGAACCAGUAACAGAAAGAGCCUGAUCCUGACAAGUACAUCACCGACGCUGCCGCGGCCUCACUCUCCACUCCCAGGUCAUAUUGGUAGCAGCCCUCUGGACAGCCCUCGGAACUUUUCCCCCAAUACACCAGCCCACUUUUCCUUCGCUUCCUCCCGCAGGGCAGAUGGCAGGCGCUGGUCCUUGGCUUCCUUGCCAUCAUCUGGAUAUGGAACCAACACUCCCAGCUCCACUGUAUCGUCAUCCUGCUCCUCCCAAGAGCGCCUUCACCAGCUGCCUUAUCAGCCCACUAUGGAUGAGCUGCAUUUCCUUUCCAAGCAUUUCGGCAGCAGUGAGAGUAUUACGGAUGAUGACGGGGGGCGGAGGUCCCCUGCUGUGCGGCCCCGGUCCCGGAGCCUCAGCCCGGGCCGGUCCCCAUCCUCCUAUGACAAUGAGAUAGUAAUGAUGAAUCAUGUGUACAAGGAACGAUUCCCCAAGGCCACGGCGCAGAUGGAAGAGAAGCUGAAAGACUUCAUCAAGAGCUAUGAGCCAGACAGUGUGUUGCCCUUGGCUGAUGGGGCUCUUAGUUUCAUCCACCACCAAGUCAUUGAGCUGGCACGAGACUGUUUAGCCAAGUCCCAAGAAGGCCUCAUCACCACUGUCUACUUCUAUGAGCUGCAGGAAAACAUGGAGAAACUUCUGAAAGAUGCCUAUGAGCGCUCUGAGAGUGAGGAGGUGACCUUUGUCACUCAGCUUGUGAAGAAGCUGCUCAUUAUCAUCUCCCGACCAGCCCGGCUGCUGGAAUGCCUGGAGUUUAAUCCCGAGGAGUUUUACCACUUAUUGGAAGCUGCUGAGGACCAUGCCAAAGAGGGACACCUGGUGAAGACUGAUAUCCCUCGCUACAUCAUCAGCCAGCUGGGACUUACCCGAGAUCCUUUCCCAGAUGUGCUGUAUGUGGAGGAGCAUGAUAGCGGAGGAUCGAACACACCUGAGACAGAGGAGUUCACAGAGAGUCGUGGAACUACUCCAAAGCCAAAGAAGCCACCGGGAGAAGGAGACUUUGGAACAAUUAAACUCAUAAGCAACGGGGCAUAUGGAGCUGUGUAUCUGGUGCGGCACAAAGAGACCCGGCAGCGCUUUGCCAUGAAGAAGAUCAACAAGCAAAACCUCAUCCUGCGCAACCAGAUCCAGCAGGCCUUUGUGGAGCGCGACAUUUUGACUUUUGCAGAAAACCCCUUUGUGGUCAGCAUGUUCUGCUCUUUUGAGACCAAGCGCUACCUCUGCAUGGUCAUGGAAUAUGUCGAAGGCGGGGACUGUGCCACACUGUUGAAGAACAUAGGGGCACUGCCCGUGGAGAUGGCCCGCAUGUACUUUGCCGAGACCGUCCUUGCGCUGGAGUACCUGCACAACUAUGGCAUCGUCCACCGUGACCUAAAGCCUGACAACCUGCUGAUCACUUCCAUGGGGCACAUCAAGUUGACAGACUUUGGUCUCUCCAAGAUGGGGCUGAUGAGCCUCACCACCAACUUGUACGAGGGUCACAUUGAGAAGGAUGCCCGGGAGUUCCUGGACAAACAGGUGUGUGGAACCCCUGAAUACAUUGCUCCCGAAGUGAUCCUUCGCCAAGGCUAUGGGAAGCCAGUGGACUGGUGGGCUAUGGGCAUCAUCCUGUACGAGUUCCUGGUGGGCUGUGUGCCAUUCUUUGGAGACACCCCUGAGGAGCUCUUUGGUCAGGUCAUCACUGAUGACAUCUUGUGGCCGGAAGGGGAGGAGGCCCUCCCAGCAGAUGCUCAAGAUCUCAUCUCCUGUCUCCUGCAGACCAACCCUCUUCUCCGCCUGGGGGCAGGUGGCGCCUACGAAGUGAAACAGCAUGCAUUUUUCAAAGAUCUGGACUGGAACGGGCUUCUGAGGCAGAAAGCAGAAUUCAUCCCUCACCUGGAGUCUGAGGAAGACACCAGCUACUUUGACACUCGCUCCGAUCGUUACCACCACAUUAACUCAUAUGAUGAAGAUGACACGACUGAAGAUGAACCUGUGGAAAUAAGGCAGUUUUCAUCUUGCUCUCCCCGGUUCAGCAAGGUGUACAGCAGCAUGGAGCACCUCUCCCAGCAUGAGCAGAAGACUCCAGGUGUCACCAAGAGGGACCAGAGCAACAAACACAAAGAUGAGAAGCUCAGCAAAAGGGAGAGUCUGGGUAGCUUCACCCUUCGAGAGAAAAGCUGGCGCACCAACUCCCCUGAAAUGAAGCGGCUUUCAGCCUCGGAGUCGUCCUACACUGAGAGCGAUUCCAGCCCCCCGCUGGGUGCACGGCGGCGCUUUUCGGCCCUGAUGGACACCAGCCGUUUUGCCGUGCCCCUGGAAACCGACAGCGAGAGUCUUGGCAAGGGGCCUGCGAAGGCUCCUGCGGAAAAUGGGCCCCCGGGGUCCACGCCCCAGGUCGAAGGCAGGGAGAGCAAGGAAGGGGCAGCAGCGGAGGCUGGGCAGAGUCCUGCCCCUGUAGAGACUGAGGCAGGCAAUAAAUCAAAAGCGGGUGAGCUACAGCCCCCAAAGGAGCUGGACCCAUCAGCCCCCAAAGCCACCAAUGACUUGGUGCUGCGCCGGGCCCGCCACCAACAGCUCUCAGGGGACGCCACGGCCGAGAAGCGCAGCUCCCGCACAGGGGGCAAGGUCAUCAAAUCUGCCUCAGCUACUGCGCUGUCCGUCAUUAUCCCCACAGUGGAACAGCACAGCAGCUCACCUUUGGCCAGCCCCAUGUCCCCCCGGUCACUCUCCUCCAACCCGUCGUCCCGCGAUUCCUCACCGUCCCGCGACUACUCGCCCGCCGUCACCAUCCUGCGCUCGCCCAUCACGAUCCAGCGCUCGGGGAAGAAGUACGGCUUCACACUUCGUGCCAUCCGGGUUUACAUGGGGGACAGCGAUGUCUACAGCGUGCACCACAUUGUCUGGCACGUGGAGGAAGGUGGUCCAGCUCAUGAGGCAGGCCUGUGUGCUGGAGACCUGAUCACCCACGUCAAUGGGGAGCCAGUGCACGGGCUGGUGCACACGGAAGUGGUGGAGCUCAUCCUGAAGAGCGGGAACAAAGUGAUGGUGACCACCACGCCCUUUGAGAACACCUCCAUCCGGAUUGGGCCAGCCCGCAAGAGCAGCUACAAAUCCAAGAUGGCUCGGAGGAACAAGAGGAGCACCAGCAAGGAAGGGCAGGACAGCAGCAAGAAGCGCAGCUCCCUCUUCCGCAAGAUCACCAAGCAGUCCAACCUGCUGCACACCAGCCGGAGCCUCUCGUCGCUGAACCGCUCGCUGUCCUCCAGCGACAGCUUGCCGGGCUCUCCCACCCACGGCUUGGGCGCUCGUUCGCCCACCCAGAGCCUGCGCUCCACCCCUGACUCUGCCUACCUAGGUGCCUCUUCACAGAGCAGCUCCCCAGCCUCCAGCACCCCCAACUCGCCGGCUUCCUCGUCCCACCACAUGCGGCCCAGCACCCUGCACGGCCUGUCUCCCAAGCUGCACCGCCAGUACCGCUCCGCGCGCUGCAAGUCGGCCGGCAACAUCCCCCUCUCGCCCCUGGCUCACACGCCUUCUCCCACGCAGUCCUCGCCACCCCCGCUGCCCGGCCACACGGUGGGCAGCUCUAACACCACGCAGAGCUUCCCGGCCAAGCUCCACUCCUCGCCGCCCGUGGUGAGGCCGCGCCCCAAGAGCGCAGAGCCCCCUCGCUCGCCUCUACUGAAGCGGGUGCAGUCGGCGGAGAAGCUGGGCUCCCCGCUCAGCUCCGAGAAGAAAGUGGUGGUCAGGAAGCACAGCCUGGAGGUGGUUCACUCCGAAUACCGCAAGGACUUCUAUGGGGAGCCUGGACUCCACAGCCUGGCGGAGUCCGAUGGGGAGAGCCCCAGCGAGUCGGGGGCUCCAAAGCCGCUUGCCACCCGGCGCCUGGGCCGCCAGGAAUCCCCGCUUAGCUUUGGGGCAGGAGAUGGAGAGGCCAGCGCCCUGGAAGCCAGCAUCAAGGCCAGGCUCCCGGAAGCUCUGCUGGGGGACUGCAGGAGAAGCCAAGCCGUGCAGACCGAAGAGGCGUUUGCAGGAGCCAACCGUGCCCUGGCCAAAGCCCUGAGCCCCGUGCAAGAGCACGAGCAAGGCAGGAAAGGAAGCGUGGAGGUGGAAGUCGCCCCGCGGGGGCCUGUCCCCAUUGUGUUGGAACCCAAGGAGAUCCAAGAGCCUGGCCCUCCUGGGAAAGCUGCCCCGGAGCAUGGCCAGGACAACGCUGGCACACCCAAGGAGAAGUGGAUCUUGGAGGUCGUGGAGGAGCACACCACCCUGGGGACCUGCGCCAAGACCCCCAGCUGCCUCUGCCCAGAGGGGACCAAGAACGGGCUGAAGCGGGGCUCAGCGGAGGCAAAGGGGAAGCGGGGGAAGGAAGAGGGGUCUGCUCUGGGAUCCGGGAACAAGUGUGCUGGAGACACCCCACGGCCUUCACCGCCUGCACUGGAGAAAAAGGGGGCAGCACGCUGACCCAGAGGACUGCCUUUCUCACUGUACUGACCCCCAGACCACGCUCCUUAGGACACCUCCUUCAUCUUUGCCUUGCAGCCGUGGCAGCAGUGGGGCUGGUUAGGGCACCCACAUCGAAGCUGGAGGGGGCUGACCUGUAAGUUCCCUGUAAAUACGAAGGGCAGAGGCAAUGAUGCCUUCCCCAGCCCCGCCCCCCGGCCACCCUCCUGCAAAUGGCAUGCCUGGUGUUAGGCCUUGUAAAGUACCUAUACAUAACUCUCUCUAUAUAUAUUAUAUUAUAUUAUUUAUAUAAAUAUACAUAUAUAUAUAUAUAUGAGCAAGACUACUCUAUACAUGAAAAGGUUAAUACUGUGAUCACUCCCUUCCCCAAAGCUACUCCCAAGGCCCCGUGUUUCAAGCUACUCCUUGAAGUCUGUAGGAUAACGGGGAAUGAAUGGAUGUGCAGGGAAAAGACAUCAGAACAUGCGCAGACCAAGUAACCCACAAAGUGCAGAAACCCAAAUAUAAUUCUUGUUGCGUCUGGGUCCUUGCAUGCAGAGGGGGUGUCCAACUUCGUGCGAGUUCGUCAUUGAUUGAUUGAGAGAUGCCGGUCCAGGCUGGCACCACGGCAGCAGUCAGCAAGGGAGCUCCCAUCCCUCAACAGCCAAAGUCCCCACCCCCACUUUCAAUUUGCCCGUAGCACAUGUCCAAAGCAAGUUCAUCUUUCCUGACGCCCUUAGGUGAGGCAGGAAGAUGCAGAAACCCUGAAUUUAUUGUUUUGCAGUUCUAAUACUUAGCUAAAUCAUCUCACCAAAGUGAGCACUUUAAACAUCAAAUUGAACUCCCUGGCAAAGCAGAUUGCACAUCGGUCAGUUCUUAGCAUUGUACGUCUGUUUGAAACUAAACAAAAGUCUGGAUUUGAAUGUGCCUGGAUAGAGAAAAAGGCAGAUUGGCCCCACCUCUAGAAAAAGCAGAGGUGCUUGAACUAUAAAGGUCCCCUCAGGUGGCAGAUUUGACGCACUAUGAAAAGUGGGAGAUCGGAAUAUCUGGCCUAGGGGUCACGACUGAUUGGCAAAUAUCCCUGUACCAGCCCUGUUUAAAUGGGGCUUAUGCCUGGUGAACUCACUUCUUGACUUAAGUAGUGGAAGAGGUGAGCCAUUUGGAUUUUCCACCUUAGGAACCAAAGUAUCUUGCAAAGGCAAAGCCAGACAGACUAGUGAUUCUUGAGAGAGAGAGCAAUUGAGAGCCCACGUCUUUUCAAACUUGGCUUAAUGAGCCCAUCAAAAUAAGUGGUUUCUCAGACAGUGAUUCAGACAACUGAAAACCAUUAAAGGUAGGUGGUUGGUUGGUGAAGAGGCAUAUUAUAGUGCAGUCUGAGCUCAUGGUGGAUCCCAACCUGCAAAUGCGUGUUGAGUCCAUUUUGGAGAACGGGGGAAACAGUUUUCCACAAUAUUAUUAAUACUUUUCUGCCCCUAUUCUUACAUGAGGUGCCCAAUGGGCGCUCACAUAGCAUAACCUCUGACCAGCUGCACAAAAUGGCAUCUCCUGCCAAUGUACUAAAUGCAUGCCCCUUAAUGUAGAACUACCACGGCAGUCCUUGGCCCACUGGGCUGUUGCAUGUUAGUGGCAAGAGCUGGCACCAGGAGGGUAGAACCAUUUGGCAUGUACACUAGGAAGGCAAUAAUGGUGCUGGAAAACGAGGAUGGGCAUUGCCAUCGAUGCGCAUCGCAGUUGUGCCAGCAGCUCCUACAGCUGCCAGUUUGGUUGAAGUCGGUCGCGAAUACAUUUUCCUGCAGCCAACCAUGCUGCCCCAUCAUGCAGCUGUUGUGUCAUCUGUGUUUGUGGGCAAUGAAGUCAUCCUGCAUGAUGGUUCUGUAAGUUGGCAGUGUCUUGUUUCGCUGUAGAACUGUAACCUCAGAGCAUGUCUGUAGCUUCUGCCCAGAGGCACAAUGCUGCCAGGCCUCCAAAGGCUCAGACCCUGAAAUACAGGGUACAGCUUGGCAUAAGAGGGGGUGGAGCCUGCCAGGGCAGGGGCGGGGCCUAGUGAUGCCUGGUGGGUCAGGGGUGAAAUCUGAUUUCAGAGGAAAUGGGCAAAAAUUCUCAACCAAACUUCUCACCACCCAC